UGCCAUAUCUGUACGGUUAAUUAUUUUUUCCCUCUUAUUUAAUCAUUUUCUUUUUAUCUUUUUUUUAAUUUUUUUAAAUUUUUUUUUUUAUUUUUUUUGAAUUUUAUUUAUACUUCUAUAUCAUCAUUACGUACACACCUAUUCCUAUUCGCUCUCGUUCUCACUCUAACAUUUAUUCUUUCAGAAAAUGCAGGACACCACAUUCGAACUUCAACAUAAUUUUCGAUCUUUUUUAUUUCUCUUCCUUUUUUUUUCUUUUUUUUUUUUUUUUUUAAUUAUCUUUUCUCCUUUCAUAUUAUUUAUUUAUUUAUCUAUUUAUCUACUUAUCUAUUUAUUUAUUUAUCUUAUCUAUUUUUCUAUUUAUUUAUUUAUGUAUUUAUUUAUUUAUUUAUACAUUAUGUGAUUCUCGAUUCUGCCAGACACGAAGCGACGCACUAUCGAGUUUUACGAAUACGAUGUGUAAUUUGAAAAAGAAAAGGAAGUAAUUAUUAUAUAUCUAAUAUUUCUUGGUCGUUUUGUUUUUAUUAUUUUUGUUUCUUCUCUUUUUAUGGAACGUUCGAAUCGUCGACGUAUCUCGAAGAGAAUCGAUAUCGUCGUCGUAUCUCGCGCGCAACAGAUACGGCGGGAAAUUUAAAAUAGUGCCGACGGACGUCGAGAAAUUAUACUUGGAUGGAAUUAAAAAAAGAAAAAUUGAAAGAAAAGAAAAGCGAACAAAGGAAAAGGAAAGAAAAGAACGGAAAAGAAAAAAAAAAAAAGAAAAAUAUUAAGGAAAAAAAUAAGGGAAAGGAGAAAUGUAAAAAUGAAAAUGAUUGGCCUCAGCUUCGACAACUUUCCGUGCUAACCGAAUUAGAUUUAAGUUUCUAUGUGACAUAUGUAUUAUAUUUCUCUAUCUAUAUAUAUAUAUACGCUUCUUGUAUGUCGCGUGCUAGCGACAUCCUCGAUUGACACAGAGAAAAAGAGAAAAUAUUUCUUCUUGCGCACAAGCUCGCCCAAAACAAUCAUCAAGAAUCGUGCCUAGAUGUUUAAAACACGUAUUCUAUGGGAUCAAGGUCGCGUUACCUUUUUAGCGUUGGAUUAGAACAAAAUUGACAGAGAAAGAGUGUGAGAGAUUAACAGUAAGAGUAUGAGAGAGAAAGAGAGAGAGAGAGAGAGAGAGAGAGAGAGAGAGAGAAAUAAUACGAAAGAAACAAAAUGGAGGAGGAAGAUCCAUCGACCUUUGCCAAUAAUUUUUUUUUCUUUUUUUAUUUUUUUUGUUUUCCUUUCUUCGCUCUGUUAUCACUUUUAUAUAAACUUCUGAUAUUUCAUGAAUCUUAUAAAUCUAUUUAAUCUUAAAACAAAUGUGUGUAUAACGUAUAUAUAAUUUUAUCGAGUGUACGUCAUAUCAUUGAUUUUUAUUAAUAUUAACGCCAAUUUUUAGAUAGGCGUGAUCAACGUGAAAUGAAGGGGUUAAUGGAAAGGAAACUUUUGUAAAGACGUCGAUGGCCUAUCGUAAUACAUUGAUAUUCAUAAAGAGUUGAAGGUGGGCCGGGUCGAUGGUGUCUUUCUUUGUAUAACUCUGUCGAGCUUGAUCAUUAUCCUUUUAUAAUGUCAGCCAUAGCCGCAUACCUAAGUCUAUUUACUAGUUGCACUCUAUAAUUUCGUAUUCUAUUUAUCAUGUUCUAUUUAUAUAUGUAUAUACAUAUAUAUACAUACACGCAUAUACGCAUAUAUAUAUAUAUGUGUAUAUAUGAAUAUAUGUAUAUAAACAUAUAUAUGGAUAUAUACAUAUAUAUAGAACAGACACAAAUAUCUUACGUACAUAGAGUAUCUUAAUGUACAUACCAUAUAUACAUACAUACAUACAUACAUACAUACAUACAUACAUACAUACACACACAUAUAUAUAUACAUACAUACAUGUUACACAUGUAUUCUAUCCUUUAUAUAUAUACUCUAUCCUUUUCUAAUUCUAUUCUAUUCUUCAAAGAGAACAAACGUCGUGAAAACGAAAUAGAUGAUGGAAAAUUAAACGAAAGAAGAUAUUCUCGAUAUAGAGUCGCCUCUCUGUGAUAUUUCAUAGAUAUCUUUUUUUUUUUCAUUGGCGGGAACGAAAAAGUAAAAAAAAAUAAAUAAAAUGAAAAAAGAAAAGAAUAAAAAAAAGAAAGAAAUAGAGAGAGAGAGAGAGAGAGAUAAGGAGUAAUAAAAAAAAAAAGAAAAAGAAAGAAAAGAAAAACAAAAAAUAUUCGAUCGAUUUUUUCUUUCGUAUUGAUUUAUUUUUUUCUUCACACCGUUUGUCUAUUGUAUCUAUGUAUAUCCGUCGCUUUUUCACAUUCGAUCUAUCGCGUGCACACUUUUUUAAUAACUAUCCCAAUUCCCGUCAUUGUUGCCGUGACAAUCAAGCGACUUCUUAACUCGUUCUUCGUAUCACAAGUAGCUGAAGCAACAACCACAACUACAACAACUACAACAACAACAACAACAACAGCAACAACAACAACAAAGAAAAGAAAAGAAAAAAAAA